AUGGCACAAUACGACGCCAUUGCUACGAAGUACGAUAUCAUCAAAACCACCGCAUUCAAUGCCGUGGAGCGCCACUCCUUCCGCACUUGCGUUACACCCUUCCUGAAACCUGCUUGUACAAAAAAUGUGCUUGACCUAGCCUGCGGCACGGGAUUUUACUCACUCUUUUUGCUUGAAUGGGGUGCUCGAUCGUUGACGGGCGUGGAUGUGUCCCAGGCUAUGAUCGACGGUGCGGCGGCGCGGCUGCAGGGAUCGGAGCAUGUCACACGCGUGAAAUAUGUACAAGGCGACGCGCUAGCUCCGAAGUUGUUCCCUGUUGGUAAUGGAGAGGGAGAGGGGAAUUUCGAUGUGGUAACUGGAGCUUGGCUUCUCAACUAUGCUGGUAACGCGGACCAACUGCAAGCUAUGUUUGACACCAUCGCCUUGAACCUCAAACCCAGCGGUGUCUUCGUUGGCAUUUGCAUGUAUCCGACCAAUGACGUCUUAUCCUUUGCUAACGGCGUUAACGCCAGCGCAUGGCCCAGCUCAGAUGUUCGCUUUGCCUACGACACGAAGCCACUUGCUUCUGGUCAGGGGCAUAUUUUCGAUGUCGUCGUCACGCCGGGGGCCGAUGACAAGCCGGGCAUGGAAGGUCCGGACUAA